UGUUUAGGUUGGUAUUACAAUUUAACACAGCUGUGUGAAGUAGCUUAUGUGGCAUAAUAAGCUUAUAAGACAUAAGAUCUUAAGGGAGUUGUUAGCUCAAGGAAGACAAGAUGAUGGAUGCAGGACAGGUCCGUGACAGCUUCAUCAAUUUUUUCAAGGAGAAAGAACAUGAGUAUGUUCAUUCUUCAUCAACUAUUCCUCUGGAUGAUCCUACUCUACUGUUUGCCAAUGCUGGAAUGAAUCAGUUUAAGCCUAUUUUCCUGGGCAUCGCUGACCCAAACAGUGACAUGGCCAAGUAUGUGAGAGUCGCCAACUCCCAGAAGUGUGUCAGGGCAGGAGGUAAACACAAUGACCUGGAUGAUGUGGGGAAAGAUGUGUACCACCACACCUUCUUUGAGAUGUUGGGAAACUGGUCAUUUGGGGACUACUACAAGAGAGAAGUGUGUACAUGGGCUUAUGAGUACUUGGUAGAGAGGUUAAAACUUGAUAAAGACCGCCUGUAUGUGACCUACUUUGGUGGAAAUCCUGCUUUUGGUCUAGAACCUGAUGAUGAGGCAAAAAACAUUUGGAUUGGGCUUGGCAUGGACCCUGAUAGAGUUCUCCCAUUUGGGAUGAAGGACAACUUCUGGGAGAUGGGGGAAACAGGACCAUGCGGGCCUUGCUCUGAAAUUCAUUAUGACCGUAUCGGUGGACGCAAUGCAAAAGAAAAGGUCAACAUGGAUGACCCGGAUGUGUUGGAGAUCUGGAAUCUUGUGUUUAUACAAUACAACAGAGAGAGCGACGGCUCACUAAAACUUCUACCUCGCAAGCACAUUGACUGUGGUAUGGGCUUUGAGCGCAUGGUAUCAGUGGUACAGAACAAAAGGUCCAACUACGAUACAGAUCUGUUCCAGCCUCUCUUUGCUGCCAUACAGAAGGCAACAGGUUGUCCCUUGUACCAGGGUCGAGUGGGUGCUGAAGAUGUGGAUGGUGUGGACAUGGCCUACAGGGUACUGGCAGAUCAUGCCAGGACUCUCACUGUCACAUUGGCUGAUGGUGGCAGGCCAGAUAACACAGGCAGAGGGUAUGUCCUGCGAAGAAUAUUGAGACGUGCCGUGAGGUAUGCAACUGAAAAACUGAAUGCCAAGCCAGGCAUGUUUUCUUCUCUAGUGGACACAGUUGUCCAGCUGUUGGGAGAUGCUUUUCCUGAGGUGAAAAAAGACCCUCAAACGAUAAAAGAAAUCAUCGAUGAAGAAGAAGCUCAGUUCCUUAAGACUUUGUCACGAGGUCACCGCCUGCUUGAGAGGAGCAUCAACAAACUGGGAGAUGUUAAAUCCUUGCCAGGUGACGUUGCUUGGAGGCUGUACGACACGUAUGGUUUCCCUGUUGAUCUGACCCUGCUGAUGGUGGAGGAGAGGGGCAUGAACAUUGACCUGGCAGCAUUUGAAGAGGCCAAAGCUCAUUCCUUGGCCAUGUCUCAAGGCAGCACUGGUGUCAAAGAGGACCUGAUCUCUCUAGACGUACAUUCCCUCACAGAUCUCAAAGAUAGGAAUAUCCCACCCACAGAUGAUGCUUCCAAGUAUGCAUAUGAAGCAGACGACCAAGGCAACUACACCUUUGAGAGUGUGAAAGCCAAAAUAAUUGGCCUGAGAUUCAACAAGGAGUUUGUCCAGUCAGUGAGUUCAGGCCAGGAGUGUGGGGUCCUGCUGGACAGGACCAACUUCUAUGCUGAGCAGGGGGGACAGACUUACGAUGAGGGUUUCAUUGUCAAGGAUGGCGCUGAGGAUGAUGAGUUCAGAGUUAAGAAUGUGCAGGUGCGUGGAGGUUAUGUGCUGCAUGUGGGCACAGUUGAAGGUGUGUUUAAAGUUGGUGACACUGUCAGGCUGCUCAUUGAUGAGCCACGCAGGUGCGCCAUCAUGAAAAACCACACUGCCACUCACAUUCUCAACUUCGCUCUCAGGGAUGUCUUGAAGGAAACUGACCAAAAAGGGUCUUUAGUGGCACCUGAUAGGUUAAGAUUUGACUUCUCUUCAAAGGCAGCAAUGACAGUGCAGGAGGUGAAGGCAGCUGAGGAGAUAGUGACCAACAUGGUGGGGAGAAAUGAAGUGGUCUAUGCCAGAGAAACUCCCCUCGCCACAGCUAAAACCAUCCAGGGACUUCGUGCAGUUUUUGACGAGGUUUACCCAGAUCCUGUGCGGGUCGUCUCUGUUGGUAUUCCUAUUGAAGAUCUGGAAGCAGAUCCUAAUGGUCCAGGGGGCUCUAUAACAACUGUUGAGUUUUGUGGGGGCACCCACUUGAAAAAAUCUGGACACAUUGGAAACUUUGUUAUUGUCACAGAAGAAGCCAUUUCUAAAGGAGUAAGGAGGAUUAUAGCUCUAACUGGAUCAGAGGCUCACAAGGCCACACACAGGCAAGAACUGCUGCAGAAGUAUGUCCAGAAUUUGAGGGUCAAGAUAGAAAACAACUUGCAGACACCUCAGUUUUCUGACAGGGAGCUCAACAAGGAGAUAGUUACACUGGAUGACGAAAUAGCACAGUCUAACAUUUCCUACUGGAAAAGAGAUUCACUAAGGUCUGAGCUGAAAGUUUUGAAGAAAAAGAUGGAUGAUAUUGACAAAGCAAGAAAAGCUGCCGUUGUCAAUGAGGUGGUUGAACAGUCCAAGAAACUGAUAGAACAAAACCCACAACAGAAAUUUAUUGUGCAUGAGUUCAAGGCUGGAUCUAACACUAAGGCCCUGGAUGCUGCCAUGAAACAAUAUAAGGCAACAAGCCCACAGACCUCUGCCAUGUUUUUCACAGUAGAUGAGGAAGGAGGGAAGAUCUUGUGUAUGAGUUGUGUACCUAAGGAAUCCUUGUCAACUGGUUUAAAUGCUAAAGCCUGGGUGGAUGUGGUGGUGCCAAUCAUCAAUGGUAAGGGUGGUGGUAAGGACCUGGCUGCUCAGGCUACUGGCACCAAGACACAAAGUUUAGACGAGGCGCUGCGUGCUGCCACAGAAUUUGCCAAACUCAAACUUUCAUGAUCUACCUCAUCCAAGAGUAUCCAGUAUAUUGUCGUAAAAGUACAUGUGUACCCAACCUUCUCCCCAGUGUCUAGGUUAGAAACAUUAAACUUGUUUGUGAUGACUUGUCUAGGUUAGAAACAUUAAACUUGUUUGUGAUGACUUGUCUAGGUUAGAAACAUUAAACUUGUUUGUGAUGACUUGUCUAGGUUAGAAACAUUAAACUUGUUUGUGAUGACUUGUCUAGGUUAGAAACAUUAAACUUGUUUGUGAUGACUUGUCUAGGUUAGAAACAUUAAACUUGUUUGUGAUGACUUGUCUAGGUUAGAAACAUUAAACUUGUUUGUGAUGACUUGUCUAGGUUAGAAACAUUAAACUUGUUUGUGAUGACUUGUCUAGGUUAGAAACAUUAAACUUGUUUGUGAUGACUUGUCUAGGUUAGAAACAUUGACUUUAUCCAUGUCUCCCAUUAUGAUACCUUGCUCAGCAAGACUAUGUGCUUGUACAUGAGAACUUCCAGACACAAGUGCCUCAGGUUUUACAUGAUAUUUUUGUUGCCACUAUCUCAUAUAUGACUUGUUGGUGGAUUCUCAUUGAGUGUGUUUAAACAUUUUUCUUCUAGUGCCAUUUUUAUAUUGGUGAACUUGUCAAGGAAAUAAAAUAAAACUUGCUAUUAUGUCAAAUAACUCCUGCUAUCAUGUCUGUUCUGUAGUUCCAUUCUCAAUAAAGUCAGCUUUUGGCUUAAUGCAGGAAAAAAAAGUAUGUUUACUGUUACUGUAUGAUAAGUGUGUUUUAUCUUGCCAAUUUUGGUUGUUAUGGCUAAUCUGUUACAUGUUCCUACUAAGGUAUUAAAAAUUUUGUUAAU